AUGGGGCUGCUGUGUGCGCUGUGGGUGGCACUCGCGCUGCCGGAAGCCCUGCAGGGCCAGCCCCGACCAUCCCCGGGGGCCCGCGCCCCCGUCUUGCAGAGCUUCCAGGAGGACCAGUUCCAGGGUCACUGGUUCGUGCUGGGCCUGGCGGGCAGCACCUACAGCAGGGUGCACAGGGCCCUUCUGGGCCCUUUCACUGCCACGUUCGAGCAGAAGGAAAAGAAGCGCCUUGAAGUGUCCUACGCCAUGACCCGGGGCCGGAGCUGCAUCACCUGGUCUUACGUGCUGAUUCCUGCGGCGCAACCUGGGAAAUUCUCAGUGGACAACAGCCGGGAGCCGGAGGCCGACGCCGAGGAGCUGCAGGUGCACAGCACCGACUACACCACCUUCGCCCUGAUGGUCUCCCGGAGGCAGUCCCGCACCCGCGCCCGGAGCCUCCUCAGGGUCUACCUGCUGUGCAGAAUGUGGGCGGUCGAGACCCAGGCGCUGGACAGAUUCGCCUGCCUGCUCAGAGCGCAGGGCCUGACAGAGGACAACGUCGUCUUCCCAGGCGUGAAAGAAAACGUGCUGAAGGAUGAGGCGGCCCCCACCAGGCCCUGUCACGGCCCGGCCCUCGCGCUCAGCAGCAGCGCCGAGUCCGACCCUCUGUGA